ACACUCAUCUAAUUCAAGAGGCAUUAUGAUACGCAAAAUAAUAUGCAUAUAAUUAAUUUAUAACAAAUAAAUUAGCAAUUGGAUGUAUGUCGCUUAAUCAGUCAUUAUCAAAGAAUGAGUUGACACGUAUAGUAGUGUACAGUCUUAUAAUUAUAUUGAGACUGCAUUUUUUUUUUUUAAGUAGACUAAUUUUUAAAAAUGUUGACUCCUAAACUGAAUCGCCAUUUGAGGCUAACAUUUUGCACUUGUAUAAUAUCGUGUCAUCAAUUUGUUAUUGGAAGCUCUUUUAUAUUCUCAUCUAUCCUUUUGUCCAAACUAAAAGAACCAACAUCUACGAUAAAAAUAACAGCGGAAGACGGCUCAUGGAUAGCAAGUUUACCGUUAUUAAUAUGCCCCAUCGGUUUACUCAUACUUGGAAUACUGAUAGAUAAAAUUGGCAGAAGAAAAGCUCUGCAAGUUAGUUAUAUACCAAUAAUUUUAAGUUGGUUGGUGCUCAUGUACGCCGAUAGUUUAAAAUGGAUUGUAAUCGGAAGAAUCAUACUGGGAAUUUCAUUCGGCUCGGGGACGUCCGUGUUCUUGUACGUGAGCGAAGUGUCGCCACCCGAGUACCGGCCGCUGUACCUGUCCUUGGUGACCGUGUUCGUGGGCAUGGGCAUGAUGGCCGAGUGCCUGCUGUCCAUAUACUUCCAGUGGCGGACCGUGUCGCUGAUACUGUUCGUGAUCAGCGCCGUCAAUUGCGCGUCCAUGUUCCUCGUGCCGGAGUCGCCGCUGUGGCUCCGGUCCCGCGGCCGACACCGCGAAGCCGAAGCGGCCGAGACGUUGCUGGGCUUGGAACCGGCCGCGACCACGGCCGCGGCACCGCCGGUAACCACGCUGACCGUCAACGGCGACGAACAGCUGUGCGGCGCGGACGGCACCGCGGCGGCCGGCAAAGCGACACGGGCCGCGUACUGGAAACAGUUCACCGGCCCGUCCGUCUGGAAGCCCACGCUGAUCACCGUACUGUUCUUCAUCUGCCAGCAGUGUAGCGGGUUCUACGUGCUGCUGUUCUACUCGGUGGACGUGCUGCGCGACUGCCGCGUCCAGUGGGACGGCAUCACCAUCACCGCGUUCCUGUCGCUGUCCCGCGUCGUCGGCAGCCUGGUCUACUCCAUGCUGCACCACGUCCCCCGGAAGACGCUGGUCGUGGUCUCCGGCGCCGGCAUGGGCCUGUCGCUCUCCACCGCCAUCGUCUACAUGCACAUGUUCAACGACAUGGCCACGCCGCCCUACGGCGAAGUGCUCAUCGUCGCGUUCAUCGGUUACGUGUUCUUCGCCCUGUUGGCCAUGCUCCCGUUGCCCUGGACCCUUUGCGGAGAGGUGUUUCCGAUGGCCGUCAAAGGCGUAGUCGGCGGAAUCAUACAAGCCUUUGGAUAUGAAAUCAUGUUUAUAAUCAUCAAAAUAUACCCGGCAUUUGUGUCGGCAUACGGAGUAAAAUGUGUUUGGUCAAUAUUCACAGUAUUUAGUUUCAUAAGUGUAUUGUUUGGUGCGUUUAUAUUGCCAGAAACAAAAGGAAAAUCUCUCGACGAAAUAUUAUCAACAUUUGAAUCCCGCAAAAAAUCGAUGAAAAAUAAUUUGCCUUGAUAAUAUUCAAUACUAAUUAGUGAUUAUUAUGUAUAUUUUUACAAAUUAUUAAUAUUAAAAUUUCGUAGAAUGACAUUAUGUUCAAUGCAUUA